AUGGUGAAACGCAGGGCGGGAUCACCGGACAUUGAUCGCGCUCAGAAACGCAAAUCGCUGGCUGCCCUUGCCAUGAAAGCGUCGAGCAGCUCACUCCGCUACGAACAGCAAGGCUCCUUCUUGGAUAUCUUCACUGCUUCCGGACGCCUCAAACGCAACAGCACUCUCAGCCUUCGAUCUUCCUCACGACCACUACUGAAACAAGCACCCAUAGAGCCUGGCCUGACACUCGCCGGCCGCAGCCUACAGACCCACGUAGACCACGAUGUCGCUUCCAUCAAAGAGCUGCUCUUAUUUCCUACUUCACUUGCCAUCAUGAAAAGCAGCUGGAUUUUCCGCUUCACAGUCAACUGCACGCCACAAUUGGGCCCACCUCUACCUAGACAUGUUGAGGACAUGCUUUAUGAGAAAUACUUGGGACCUCGUAUGAACCCGCGCCCAGAAGCGUUGCCAUACAUUCAUCUCGGUUCAACUGCUCUGGGCUUUCGCCUCAACUUUUAUCUUGUCCUGCCGUACGCAUCUCACGCCCCAGGACAUUCGGGCACAGGCAACAUGUGCUAUACAGAAUUACAAGCUGUGUACGAUCUCUGCAUCCGCCCCGCACUGGAGACAGCCUAUCCUAAGCGUGGACGCUGGCCGUCUUGGAUCGAGGCGAAGAACGAGUCACACCUCAAACCCCUGAAAUCACGCCGCAAGUCUACCCGAUCCGAAGCACAAGAGGAACGCAUGCACUGUGGGGGACUUCAAACGUUCUGGGAUGCCAUCGAAGUCUUUUGCGAACAUCAAGCUAUCGCUCAUAUCAUGCGUGGCAAACAUCUCGUCGCCUACGGUGAUGUCGACGUACACGACUGGCAGUCCGACUGGCAGCCCACUUGGGCUCAAUUCUCUCAGCUUUGGAACGAUGCCAUCAACCCAGUACAUGUCGGCCCAGGGACCAAACUCAACUUGGAAAUGCAACUCGGCUUUGACGAAUUGGACAUCUUGAAGGAUUUCCCCGAAAUUCCCAGCAGACCUCGAACACCCAGUGCGAGAAGCUCCCUGUCUUGCGAUAGAUUGCCUCGCGUUCCGAUGACUCCGACUGGUCCGAGGAACUGCAUGUCUGUUGCUGAUCUGUAUUCUCCUCCCAUGACAGCUCCUCCAAGAGUCCCUUUGCCGCCUGUACCGACCUUGAUGAGGGCGGAGAGUAGUAUCUCUCUGCCAAAGAGAGUGAGCACUAGGCGAGUGAGCAGUCGGCAUUCGAUCAGGUGCGUGGAUCCGAGUUUGACGGAUCUGAGUGAGAUGAAUGAAGGGGAGUGA